AUGGCUUCCCUCGCUCUCAAGUUUGUUGAUGUUCUGUUGAGCGCUGUCCAACUUGGAGAUUUGGAGAAAGGUAUGCUUUCUAGCUACUUUCAGAAGCAUGCUGAGCAUGCCGAUGGAAAUAAGCUAGCAGCGCAAGCUUUGGAAGUCAUCCUCACGUCUCUUGAAUCUAAUCCGGCUAUUACCGGUCUUCAUCGAGAUGUUCUUCAGAACUUGGUCUAUCUCCUCCAGAGCGAGGUUACCGGUACCCAGGAGAAGCAGCCGACUCCAACCCAUCACGCUUUAAAGCCCAUGGAUACUAAAAUUUCCACUAAUCCUAAAUCUGGCCAUGAUGGAGCUACCUGUCUUAUUCGUGGGUCUUCUUCCAGUCGUGGUUCUUCUUCUAUGAGUCGAAUUGUCAGAACCAAGAAGAAUUACAGCUUGAAGGACUCCAUCCACCAGGAUGGUAAUAGCUUCUACCAGCAUGGUUCCUCAUCGUCAGCAACCAGUAGUGCAAGACUGGUAUCUGACGGAAUCUUCGAUACUGCGAUUAAUCGGACUCUCCCAAAAUUUGCAGACGACACAGUGACUCGCGGUAUUCAGCAUACGGAGUUGGAGAACCCUAAACACACUUCUCUUAAACCUGUCGACCUUAACCACGUCCCCACCAAGACAGUAUCCGGUUCAGCGGCAUCUCCUCUUUUCGUCACGACUGACGACUCCGGACUUCUUGUCCGCAACGGGGAAUACGGGAGGUCAAAUCGUAGGAUGUUACCCCACGAAUGGCGAGAGCCUAUUCCUCUCGAAAAGUUGCAAGGCACCAAGGAAUUGCAAGCCAUCGAGGCCGCUGAGGAGCAACUCCGCGUCUCUGGAAAUUCUGGGGCUCAAUCCGACAAUGAUAUCGUCGAGGAUUUUGUUCAGCAGCUUACUAAGAACAAUACGGAGGCUCCGAAGCAAGGUAAAGCCACCGACUAUAACCAUUGGGGCGGCUAUCAACCGGACAACUCAGGCUAUGCUUCCCGACGCCGAGAGCCGCGUCGUAGCGGAGGAGAUUCUACUAGAGCAAAUCAGCCAACACAGAACAGCAAAGGUGUUACCCAACUCGAGAGCCAGGGCGGCAUUCGUACCCCUCCUCGGCGUCGUCGCCGUAGGAAUAGUCAGAGGUCCGAUUCAGUCUUCGGCUGGGGUCCGGGAAGUGAAGAGAAGAAUACUUCCUUUAGGAAGUGGAAAGAUACUGUUGUAGUCAAAGGCUCACCGACACCAUCAGACUCUGUCUCUCAGCAUAUUUGGACAUCCGAUUUAGCGGAGAACCUGCGAAAUCACCCACCUAAGCCCACAGGGGAUAUCUGGUGA